UGUUCUUAUCAACGGAUGUUUAUCAAGUGCACUUUACAAGAGUCCCUGCACCAUUACGUAAUGCUUGUCAAUUUAGGAAGGCACCUACGAUCCCCCCUCCUUAAUUGUAUGUUGCACACGGAAAGAAAAGUGCGGGUUAAUGGAACAGACCUCAAUGUCGUGGAAUCUGGAAGUGGAGAUCGGAGCUUGCUGCUGAUGCCAGGAGCACUGGGCUCAGCCUGGACGGAUUUCAAACCCCAAAUCGAGCAACUUCCCAAGCUACUGCCAGAGUACACGAUCAUUGCCUGGGAUCCGCCGGGUUACGGAAAAUCUGUUCCUCCCAAACGCCAGUUUGGUUUGGAGUUCUUCCGGGAGGAUGCCAAGGCGGCAGUGGAUCUGAUGCGCGCCCUUGAUAGGCCCAAGUUUUCCAUCCUCGGUUGGAGUGAUGGCGGAAUCACAGCACUUAUCGUAGCCGGCCGCUACGCGGAGGCAGUGGAUCGAUUGGCCAUCUGGGGAGCCGGCGCCUAUCUAAAUGCCGAUGAGGUGAAGGCUCUUCGCAAUAUCCGUGACGUGUCGAAGUGGUCGCCGAGGAUGCGGGAGCCCAUGGAGAAGGUGUACGGGGUAGAUAGAUUUGCACAGCUCUGGGGCGAAUGGGUGGAUGCUGCCUGUGCCUUCUACGAUCAACGCGACGGAGACUUCUGUCGCAAUGAAGUGGAGCAGGUGAAGGCUCCAACCUUCAUUUUGCAUGGAAAAAAGGAUCCCAUGAUAGCAGCAGAGCACAUACCUUGGUUAAAAGAACGACUACCCAAUGCCAAAUAUUACGAGUUCCCCGAGGGAAAACACAAUAUCCAUCUGCGAUAUGCAGAGGACUUUAACAAACUGGUGGCAGAUUUUUUUAAUAAAAACUAAUUUCGAAUUAAUUUCCAAUUUAAGAAAACAUGGCAACAAUUGUGAUGAAUCUGCUGUUAGAUUUAAAUCAAACGGACCAACUAAAGCCAAACGCAACUUUGUUCUUUAAUUAAUUGACAAAAGCUAUCAAAAGUGAGCCGGCAACUGUCCAUAGGUCGAAAGUGAUAGUUGCUGUGAAUCAAACCCAUAUCUAAACUGAAGGAAAUUGUUUAUCUAGCCCAUGAAUCACGUAAAACUAAUUGAGGAAUAUUCCAUAUCAGUUGACUAGUAAGUGCGAUUCUCAAAGUGAAUGAAAGUGGCAACCGCCUUAAUCCCACAGAGAAAUUUAAGUCGUUUGUACUCCUCUUCAAAAGAGAGUCACGUGAAUCCAGAGAGAUUUCUUAUCUGCAACUUAUAAGAGUGACUAAUAAAUUUAAAUUUUAUAUAAGGACUUUGAACUAGAUUCUAAAACAAGGGCCAAGACCAACUAAUAAAGCUGACAAUAAUCCACCUCAGAGAAAUAAAUGAAUCAUUUGAAUUUUGUUA